AUGGCGAAGGCCCUGGCGCUCAACGGCGCCGCCAAAGUCUACAUCAUUGGCCGACGCCAAGAAGUCCUCGAAUCUGCCUCUCGGUCCGUUCCAACAAACAACAUAAUCCCAAUCGUCGGCGACGUAACAUCCCAAUCCUCUCUCGACCAAGUCGUAUCGAAAAUCGCAGUAGAAACAGGCUACAUCAACCUUCUAGUGGCCAACGCCGGCAUCGCCGGUCCCGGUCCCAAGAUCCCAGCCUCCGAGAUAAAAAGCGUUGCGGAUCUCCAGCGUGCGUUCGGCGUGGGGCAGCAGGGCAGCGAAAGCCCAACGGGGAUAGAGGAAUAUGUCAAUACAUUUACGGUUAACACGGCAGCAGUGUGGCAUACGAUAGUAUCUUUUUUAGGACUCUUGGAUGAGGGAAAUAAGAAGGUAAACGUGGAGCAGCGGAGUCAGGUCAUCGCUACCAGUAGUAUCGGGGGGUUUACGAAGAAGCCUGUCGCUGGGUAUGCAUACGGGCAGACGAAAGCGGCGACAACACAGAUGAUGAAGCAGCUUGCGGCAGCGUUAGCACCUUUCGGGAUUCGAGUUAAUGUUUUGGCGCCUGGGUUCUUCCUCUCCGACAUGAUCAGCCCCCUCGUUGGCGGUGGCAACUUCACUCGCGAUCAACUCCCCCUCGAGCGAGUAGGCAGCGACGAGGACAUGGCAGGCUGCAUCCUCUUCAUGGCGAGCAAAGCAGGCGCCUACUGCUCAGGCAACGUGAUGGUGAUUGAUGGGGGGAGGCUAAGUGUGAUGCCAUCUACAUACUGA